AUGGACUCUGACAGUAUCGACUCGCGAACGGUCUAUGAACCGACACCAAUGAAGGAAAUCUCCCACAAUGACACCGAAUGGUCUAUGAAGUCUGAAGUGGUAGAGUACAAAGAGAGAGACAAGGCAUCUGGCUUCCCUGACAGAGAGCUUGGUGUCACCUGGACCAACCUCACCGUCGAUGUCAUUGCUGCUGAUGCCGCUAUCCACGAGAACGUCUUGUCCCAGUACAACAUCCCCAAGCUCAUCAAAGAGUCUCGCCAAAAGUCACCUCUCAAGACCAUCCUCGACAACAGCCAUGGCUGCGUCAAGCCCGGUGAGAUGCUCCUUGUUCUCGGCCGUCCUGGCUCAGGCUGCACAACACUUCUCAACAUGAUCGCCAACAAACGACGGGGAUACGCCAACAUCAAGGGUGAUGUCCACUAUGGAUCCAUGACUGCCGAGGAGGCCAAGACCUAUCGAGGCCAGAUCGUCAUGAACACCGAAGAGGAAGUCUUCUACCCAGCUUUGACUGUUGGCCAGACCAUGGACUUCGCAUCUCGGCUCAAGGUGCCUUUCCAAUUACCUAAUGGUGUCAGCUCGCAUGAGGAGCUGAGGGUUCAGUCAAGGGACUUCUUGCUCAAAUCUAUGGGUAUUGAGCACACUAUCGACACCAAGGUCGGUGACGCCUUCAUUCGUGGAGUCUCUGGAGGAGAGCGAAAGCGAGUCUCCAUCAUCGAGACUCUGGCAACGCAGGGUUCCGUCUUCUGCUGGGACAACUCAACCCGUGGUCUCGAUGCCAGCACUGCCCUCGAGUACACCAAAGCCAUCCGCGCCAUGACCGAUGUGAUGGGUCUCGCCUCCAUCGUCACUCUCUACCAGGCAGGUAACGGUAUCUACGAUCUCUUUGACAAGGUCCUCGUACUCGACGAAGGCAAGGAAGUCUAUUACGGUCCUCUCAAGGAAGCUAAGCCCUUCAUGGAGAGCAUGGGCUUCAUCUGCCAGCACGGUGCCAACGUUGCAGACUACCUCACCGGUGUCACUGUCCCAACCGAGCGACAGAUCCACCCCGAUCACCAGAACCGCUUCCCACGCACCGCAGACGCUCUCCGAGCAGAGUACGAGAAGUCGCCCAUCUACGAGCGCAUGAAGUCCGAGUACGACUAUCCUACUUCGGCGAUCGCCGACGAAAGGACCAAGCAAUUCAAGCUGGGUGUCCGUCAGCUGAAGGAUAAGAAGCUCCCCGAUAGCAGCCCCAUGACGGUCGGGUUCAUCUCACAGGCCAAAGCUUGUGUGAAGCGUCAGUACCAGAUUGUCCUCGGAGACAAGCCUACCUUCUUGAUCAAGCAGCUUUCCAUGAUCGUACAGGCUUUGAUCGCUGGCUCUCUAUUCUACAAUGCCUCUGACGACUCAAGCGGCCUCUUCAUCAAAUCAGGCGCUGUCUUCAUCGCUCUUCUUUGUAACUCCCUGGUCUCAAUGUCUGAGGUCACUGACUCUUUUACCGGACGCCCCGUUCUUCUCAAGCACAAAUCAUUUGCCAUGUACCACCCUGCUGCCUUCUGUAUCGCUCAGAUUGCUGCUGAUAUACCUGUAAUUCUGUUGCAGGUCAGCACCUUUUCAGUGGUUGAGUAUUUCAUGGUUGGCCUUACCGCCUCGGCUGGACACUUCUUCACCUUCUGGGUUCUUCUCGUCUCAAUCACAAUUUGUAUUACGGCCCUUUUCAGAGCUGUCGGCGCGGCCUUCAGCACAUUUGAUGCCGCUUCCAAGGUUUCGGGUUUUCUCAUCAGCGCCACAAUCAUGUACUCUGGCUAUCUCAUCAGCAAGCCUCUGAUGCACGAUUGGUUUGUCUGGCUCUUCUGGAUCAACCCCUUGGCUUACGGCUUCGACGCUCUUCUGUCAAAUGAGUUUCAUGACAAGAUCAUUCCUUGUGUUGGGCACAGUCUUGUACCCAGUGGUGCUGGUUUCACCAACGGCGAUCACCAGGCUUGUUCUGGCGUAGGUGGAGCCAAGGCUGGAGUGAACUUCGUUACUGGCGAUGACUACCUGGCAUCUCUUUCUUACAGCCAUGACCAUCUUUGGAGAAACUUCGGUAUCAUUUGGGCCUGGUGGGCUCUCUUCGUUGCCAUCACCAUCUACUUCACCACCAAGUGGCACGCUUCGUCUGAGGACGGACCCAGUCUGGUCAUCCCUCGCGAGAACGCUCACAUUACCGCUGCUCUUCGUCAGUCUGAUGAGGAGGGACAGACAAAGGGUGAGAAGAAGAUCGUGGGCAGCAGUGAUGGUGGUGUUGUAUCUGGCGAUGACUCCGACACCAGCGGCGAAGCAAUGGGUCUGGUCCGCAACACCUCAGUGUUCACCUGGAAGAACCUCAGCUAUACUGUCAAGACUCCUCAAGGUGAUCGCACUCUUCUCGAUAAUGUUCAAGGCUGGGUCAAGCCAGGCAUGUUGGGUGCUCUUAUGGGCUCUUCGGGUGCUGGAAAGACUACUCUGCUUGAUGUUCUGGCUCAACGCAAGACUGAGGGUACCAUUCGGGGUUCUAUCAUGGUUGAUGGCCGGCCCCUACCGGUUUCUUUCCAGCGCUCUGCAGGCUACUGUGAGCAGCUUGAUGUCCACGAACCCUAUGCUACCGUCCGCGAGGCUCUAGAGUUCUCUGCCCUUCUCCGACAAAGCCGUGACACUCCUCGUGAGGAGAAGCUCAAGUAUGUUGACACUAUCAUUGACCUUCUGGAGCUUCAUGAUCUUGCCGAUACCCUGAUUGGCCAAGUCGGUGCCGGUCUGAGUGUCGAACAGCGCAAGCGUGUUACUAUUGGUGUCGAACUGGUCUCGAAGCCUAGCAUUCUGAUCUUCCUUGACGAGCCUACUUCUGGUCUUGACGGACAAUCUGCAUAUAACACCGUUCGUUUCUUGCGCAAGCUGGCUGCUCACGGUCAGGCAAUCCUCGUCACCAUUCACCAGCCCUCUGCCCAGCUCUUCUCUCAGUUUGAUACCCUUCUCCUUCUCGCCAAGGGCGGUAAGACAGUGUACUUUGGCGACAUUGGCGAGCAUGGCAACACGGUCACUGGCUACUUUGGUCGCUACGGAGCUCCUUGCCCAGAGCAUGUCAACCCUGCCGAGCACAUGAUUGACGUCGUCUCCGGACAUCUCUCCCAAGGCAAGGAUUGGAACCAGGUCUGGCUGUCUUCCCCUGAGCACGAUGCUGUUGAGAAAGAGCUCGAUAGCAUCAUCAGCGAAGCUGCUUCCAAGCCCCCGGCCACUACCGACGAUGGUUACGAAUUUGCUACCUCUCUGUGGGAGCAAACCAAGCUCGUCACCCAUCGCAUGAACAUCGCCUUGUAUCGCAACACAGACUACAUCAACAACAAGUUCGCUCUCCACUUGUCUUCUGCCCUCUUCAACGGCUUCUCCUUUUGGCAAAUUGGAUCGUCUGUCGCUGAACUUCAGUUGAAGUUGUUUACAGUCUUCAACUUCAUUUUUGUCGCACCCGGUGUCAUGGCUCAGCUUCAGCCGUUGUUCAUCCAUCGCCGAGACAUCUUCGAGACCCGUGAGAAGAAGUCAAAGAUGUACUCUUGGGUCGCUUUUGUGACUGGCCUGAUUGUCUCAGAAGUCCCUUACCUGAUCAUCUGUGCUGUCAUCUACUACGUCGCUUGGUAUUACACCGUCGGUUUCCCGGGCGAUUCUACCCGCGCUGGCGGUACCUUCUUCGUCAUGCUUAUGUAUGAGUUCAUCUACACUGGCAUUGGUCAGUUCAUUGCUGCCUACGCGCCAAACGAGGUCUUCGCAUCACUGGUCAAUCCUCUUCUCCUCACUGUACUGGUGUCUUUCUGCGGUGUUCUGGUACCAUACUCCAGCAUUCAGGACUUCUGGAAAUAUUGGCUCUACUACAUCAACCCUUUCAACUACCUCAUGGGUAGCAUGCUGGUGUUUGACAUGUGGGGGGCCGAUGUCAAGUGCAAGGAAAGCGAGUUUGCUCGGUUCAGCCCUCCCAACGGUACUACAUGUGGUGAAUACCUCAAGGAGUGGCUUACGCACGUGCCCAGCAAGCUGAUCAACCCUGAUGCGACCGACGAGUGUAAGGUGUGUACUUACAGCAAGGCUGAUGACUACCUCAAGACUCUCAACCUCAAGUCGUACUCAUACGCCUGGAGGGACGCCGGCAUCACAGCUGCGUUUGUCUUCAGUUCGUAUGCUCUUGUUUACAUCCUAAUGAAGCUUCGAACCAAGACUUCUAAGAAGGCGGAGUAG